AAUCAAAAGAAAAAGUUGAGCCCAUCUGAAAUCACAUUGCAAUUCCACGGAUCCAGUUUUAGGUUUAUCGAUCAACAAUGGCAGUGAAAGCUUAUGCUACAGAAGCAGGAAACGAUGACAAAGUCCAAUCCGAUGUUCUCUCCAAAGCCAGAGAAUCAUGCUACAAGGCUCGCGAUGCUUUCUACUCGUGCCUUGAAAAGCAAUGUGAUAAGAAGCCAACCGAGAUUGCAUCCGUAGGUUUGCUUUAUCCCAUUGAAUGCAAAAAAUCCAGAGAUCAAUUCGUAAAUCAAUGUCGAUCUUCUUGGGUGAAACAUUUUGAUAGACAAUAUUGCAGGAACAAAAGGGGUCAGAGGCUUUUGGAUGAUAAAGGCUCUAGGAGAGGUCCGUUGUUGCUUCCACAGCCUUACACUUUGAAACCCACUCCUUGAUUUUCAUGAACCAUUCAUCUAGUAGUAGAUAAUGGUUAAUUCAGAUUCACUGAUAUAGCUUAUGCAUGAUUCUUUGGUCGGAGUAUGUUCAUGUUUUGAUAAGUGUUUGUUUUUAUUACAAAUAUAUGUUUAGUUAGCAUUAAUCACAAUGUUUUUUCAAUAAUUCUAGCUGCAAUAAAAAUAUGUAUCUCUCUGGGAGAUUCAGUUUAAUUUUCUGAGUAGAACAUUACGACGAAAGUUGAUCCAUGUAGCCGACUCUACUUAGUGGGAUUAAGUUUGGUUGUUGUAGGAGAUUCAGUUUGUAGUGUAGAGUGGUCAUGAGUGAAGAAUACCCUCAUUAGGUUUAGUUUAAUGUUGGCAGGGGUGUAAAACUUAAAGGUGAUAUUGGCUCUUAUCUAAGAUGUACAUCACUUUGAUGUCUUGCUACUAUGGGUGGAAGUGGAGUACUUGUCUGAAUCUGUUGCAAACUGAAGCUGUUGAAUGGCUAUCAUGUUUUGCUUGCAGCAUAUUUGGAUGUUGAACAUGGCUUUACCAUCACGGUGUUCUUAGAUUUACAGUGAUUAGUUUGUACCUGAUAACUUGUAUUUGUUACCGGAAGAAUUUGACUAUUCAGAAUGUAAAGAAUUCAAUACUUUAUAGCUUAAUUUGCCUGCUUCUGUUA